UUUCCAGUUUCUUCAAGUUUCAUCAUGGCGGAAUAGAGAAAAGAAGACAAGCAAAUGUAGCUCCCAUUAAAAGCUCUCAAAAGAGAAGGUUUGUUGUUAAAAUGGAACUGAACAGUGUGGCAACCGAGGGACUUAACCUCUGCGGGGAUUCCGCCCGGGUUGGGGAUCGCAGCUUUCGGAAUUUGGUUCAAAUUACGAUGGACAUUUUACUGAAGAGAAAUAGCGAGGAUGCGCUCAAAAAUGAUGAAGAUAUUGCUAGUGUUGAAGCUGCAACCUUAAAGCAGGCAUAUGCUGGCUUAGUAACAAUGAUACUGGAGGCUGUCAAGGUGGAUUGCGACUCAUCCAGCUUAAGUUCUGUGCUUGAAGACUGCAAAUGGGGCAGUGACAGAGUAGAGUAUUUUACAAAGCAUUUUCUGGAUUGCAAACCUGAUUUGGAAGCACUCCUAGCAAGGACUGGCAGUUCAUUUCCUCAUGUUGUUGAUGUGGAUUGGAGACUGGAUUAUUAUAUUAAGAAUAAUCAAAUGGACAAAGUGAACAAACCUACCUACCUUAUCACUCUAAAAACCGAGGAACCUGGAAAGAAACAGGGAAAAGAUGUGCAAUUUUCUUGCUCGAUGGAGCAGUUACAGGAUCUGGUUGGAAAGCUGAAGGACGCGUGCAAGAGUAUAGAGAAGACUGCUAGUAACUGAAAGUUAUAACUGGAAUCCAGUGAAAAUACAAAAUGAUGCCAAUAUAUUUUUAUAACACUGUAGAUUUAGUAGGUUUUUUCUUCAGAUUUUAAGAAUUAUCGUCUGGCAGUUCAUAGGGACAUUUAACAGCACAUUGACGCAACAAAAAAUGCGAUGCUGCGAUGAAAGACUCUUAUAACUCAAACAACGCCUUGAUUUCAUUCCGUUCUUCUCACCAAACCCAUUUUAUCUGAUUUUCGGCCGCAAAUUAAUUUACACAAGAACCAUUAAAAAGAAUAUCCUUGAUGCAAACGCUUCCUUGAACGCUACUCUUGAAUUUUCCUUUUGUGAGCCUCUGUGACAAGCUUUGCAAAAACUUUCGUCCAUUCCCUUCCUGAAACCACUGUUUUACGGAGGCAAACAACCAGCUGUGUAGCUAGACACCUCUAAUCUUGUGAAGGUUUUGUUUGUUGAAAGCUCUUGGUUAGUGUCUAAGUGAUUCAGUUUUGUACGUUGAGACAGAGGAUUUCUGCAGUAUAGUGGAUUCCCGAUUUUUCGGGGAACGGGAAAUUCGUUCGAUAAAUAAGCAGUUUCGAAACAUCGAGGGAAAAUGUCUUCUGACUUUUUAGGCAAGGAAUCAAAACAUUGCUUGGGAUAAUAAAAUCGGCAUUCCACUAA